CCCCGGCUCCCCGCCCCCGCGCCGCGCCGAUGGCGUAGGUGGAGGCGCACCGGCCCCAUUACGCAAUGCAGGUUACGCGGGCCGUGCCGCGGACCCGCCGCCCGCCCCGCGCCGCCCGCCGCCCCGAAGGGCACUCGCUGGUCCUCACCUGAGACGCUAGGCCGCACGCCGCCCCCGCCGCCAGCCGCCCGCUGCCGCCGCCCCCUCCCCGGCUGCCUGCCGCGGCGCCGGGGCCCGCCCGCCGCGCCCGCCGCUCAGCCGCGCUCCCAGGCCCCGCUCGCCCGCGGGCACCGCCGGCAGCCGACGCCGUGGCGCCGCCGCCGCCGCCACUGCUUCGGCUCCUCGGCUGCGGAGAGCAGAACAAACAGCCCUGCCGCCGCCGCCGCCGCCGCCGCCGCCGCCGCCGCCGCCGCCAGCGCACUGACGUCACCGCGCACGCUACGCGCGCGGCCCCGCGCCGCCGCCGCCGCCGCCGCCGCCGCCGCCGCCGCCGCCGCCGCCGCCGCCGCCGCCGCCGCCGCCGCCGCCGCCGCCGCCGCCGCCGCCGCCGCCGCCGCCGCCGCCGCUUGCUGUGCCGCGGCCGCCACCGCCGCCGCCGCCUCCUCCUCCUCCUCCACCGCCCGCCGUGCGCGCCCCGCCCCUGCGCCCGGGCGCGGGCGAGCUCGGGAGAACCCGUGGAGCUGAGGCCCUCUGGCUGAAUCCCAGGCUGGCUGGGAAGCAAGACACAGCCGUGUCAACUCCAAGGGAGAGGCCACCUUCACCUUCUGCUCGUUAGGAAAGAACAUCUGCGCCAUUAAAAAAACAAAACAAAACAAAAC